GUCCAUCACUGUCCCCUGCGUCCCUCCCUCUUGUGUCCGUCACCCCCGUGCCUGGUGCCCCUCAGGUACCCCCGUCUGUCCUUCCCCUUGAAGCCCAUCACUUCCCCAGAGUCCCCAUGUUUGUCACCCCCUUGUGCUCAUCACUCUGCCCCAGUGGUCGCCAACGUGGUCACCGCGAAUCCCAUGGCACCCGCUGGGGCAUUUAUGUGCGCCUGCCGAGUGAGUGAUCAGGGCCGGCCCAAGGCAUUUUUGCACCCCGGACAUGCGGCACAUGUGCGGCCUCUGCCCCGUCAUGCCCCCGGGUGCCUGGCAGCCCCAAAAGGUUGAGGACCACUGCUCUACCCCAUGCCCAUCUUCCCCCCCCAUGCCUGUUUGUCUGGUGUCUGUCACCUUCAAGUGCCCUAUGUCAGUUCUCCUCCUUCCCUGCUCUUCCCCCCCAUGCCCAUUCCCCUCAGGUGUUCCCCUUGUCUGUCCCCAUCCCUAUGCUCCCAGAGUGACUUCGUCUUGCCCUGACAUGAUGAUGAGUCCACUUCGCUCUCCAUGCUUCCCGCAGGACACUUGUGACUCUGAGACAUGACCGACUGGUCUUUUGCCUGCCCUCCCCAUUAAAGUCCUGGUGACAAUGGCCAUGUUCAGUAUUAGACUAGCAAAGACCUUCAGGCUCUCACCUCCUGGGAUGGAGAGGCAGGCUGUCACUCUGGCUUUCCAGGACUGUCUGAACCACAUAGUGCAUGCAGAGCAUGCAGCAUUCACUCUAUAAAUAACAGCACUCACCCUGAAUAUAGUGAUUGCCAAAAUGUUGAUUCAGCUUUGGCUUUAUCAUAUAAUCCAAUAAACAGUCUCUACAAUAGUGAAUUCUCUGAGCCCAACCAUUCUAUAGUGUAGGCGAGUCUUUUGUGUCUGUCCUUCCAGAGCAAACCUGUGGGGAUAGACCUCCAAUACACUUGCCCCGCAUACUGCAAGUAGGUUGUGGCCACACAUCUCAGGUGAAGACAACCAGAGCAGAGCCACUAUGGAGUUAAUCUGUCCUAAACUGACCAUUUGGUAGUGUAAUGCGUAAUCUCACACAGAGCCUUCCCUCUUUUGCUGGCCUCGGGACAGGCCACCACACAGAUAUGACCAGUCCUAGGAUGGAGAUGGCAGAUAAUGAAUACAACAGUCUGCAGAAUCAUGAAUUCCAAAGAGAUCAAAUCUCAGGCUGGCAGAGAAGUGCAGUACCAGCGUGUGGACUGUGUUAUCACAUCCGACAGAGAGAAUGUUACUGUGACAGCUGAAUUGCCUUUAAUUGAUUCUCAGAAGUUUUUAAAAGACAGAACUGACCUUCUGGUCAUUGGGGAAAUCACCUUCAACAGCAGCCUGUAUGUGGGCCUGAAGAAAGAGAAUCACAAAGCUGAGAUCACACUCAUCUUGUUGAAAUCACAAGUAAUCAAUACCUUGCCUGUUGUCAUAGGAAGCUCUGUUGGUGGAUUUUUGCUGUUGGCUUUCAUUAUUUUCAUUCUUUAUAAGUGUGGCUUUUUCAAAAGAAACUAUAAACAUAUGAUGGAGAAACAACAUAAUUCCUGAGGACCAGGCUGACAAGAGCAAGAUUCUGUUCAGGAAUUGCACACUCUUCCUGAGAGCUCUAGAAUCAAAGACCAGCCAGAAGCAAAGCAACUGUGUGAGAGCUGGGAUGGAUCUUGAGAGCCCUGAAUCUUGAGACUGCCAUGGUUUGACCUGGGUUUAAUUUAGGAACCUUGAACACUUGCGCGACCCAGCCAUCUGCUUGUGCAGCUAGCUUGGAUUUGCUAACUGCUUGCCAAAAUUGGACUGUCUUAGAUUGAUAAACUAAAGACUUCUCAUUUCAAAUUUUGCUGUAAGUGUAAAUAUGCUGGAGAAAAAUUAGUUUAGAUCAUGUAAUUUAUGCAUGAUCACAUUCUUUGCUGUUUUGACGCCAAGUUGCUUUUAAGCGGACUUUAAUAGCAUGCAAUCUCAAACUGAUUUGGAAAUAGAAAUAAUUUAAUGGAGGCUCCACUCUGGUCAUUCAGUUUGUGAAUGAAGUUGGAAGGCAUGUCAGACGCAUGCACGCUUAUUCUGUUCGAUUUAACACACCCUCUCUGAGACAUUAUUCAGUUAGUGGGAUGUGUUAAUUCUUGCUGAUUAGACUCAUAAGUGUGUACAGAGGUGGCUACGUAAGCAAGCAGAAUGGUUAUAAGAGAAAGAUUCUUCUCCCCAGACCCACGUUCUUGUAAGUCUUAGUAACUCAAAAUGCUUUUAUAUUAUUCAUCGGGAUCUUCAGACUCCCACGAGAACAAUGGGUUAAUUGUUUUCAAAUUCUGGUUAGGUCACAAGUCAAAAUCAGUGUGUGGGUCUCAUGCUAGUUCCUGAUGGACUAGUUCCACUUGAAAAAUCCCUGCACCAUGAUGGCAUGAUUGGCGAUGCCUUGCUCAGAAGAGGACUGGAGCUGGAGUGGUAGUGGUAUUCCACAUCUUGAGGCAUUGGUUAGAUCUGGAGUUGAACACAGCAGGGUUGUUGCAAAUCAGGACUGUGAUUUAUUGGAUAGCAAUAUGGAGUCCCCAAGACUGGAAUAGCAGUGGGCGUUCCAGGUCAGAGGUAAUUGAAUUUGCAGAGCAGUUUGCAAAGGAAGUUUGCAUAACAGCUGCCUGUCCUGUGAUUGGCUCUAGCCAACACCUGCAGUCCUUGUCUUUUCUGAGCACUCAAAUUAACCACUGAAACCAUUUUUUAAAACAAAAAUAUCUUUAAAUAUUCCCACACUUGACUGUAGCUGUUCCUAACUCUGUAGUUUGCUGUUUUAUUUCUGUCACAUUUACUUAACCUAAAACCACAGAAAAUUGAGUUUGAAUUCCACCUGUCACUGACAGAAUUAACUUAGAUGUUCAGUAUACACCAUGUCCUGGGUAGCUAACAGCUUCUAUGUGACCUGUGUUGGGUGGAUUUUUUUAAUGUUUUGGUGUAGCAUUUCAUAUGCACUGUUUCAUGGGAAACUAACAGCUACUGUUUGGCUUUUACUGGAGUGUAUUUAAUAUCCUGCUGUAGCAAUUGGUAGGAUGGCAGAAGAGAGCAUGUCUUUUAAAGGUUAUAACAGAAGCCAGGCUGUGAUUUGAUGGCAGUGCAGCGUGACAGGAAUCUGAGUUCAAGGGCAAUAUUUGGUCAUCUUAGUCUACCCAGAUCUGCAAAGAGAACAAGAUACUUUGCAAAAGCACAUCCUAAUAGGCAGCUCACAAACCAGCAGUAGUAAUGAUUGUUGAGAAGACAGUAUAUCUGUUCCCUCCAUCAUAGAGUUUAAGCAGGAGUUUUGCAGCUGUGGUCCCAGGAGUUCAGAAACCAGCCAGGCCUUUGGUUAGGGCCACAGUUGGCAGUUCCAGAAGCUCAUUUGUGAAUGCUUGGGAAGAAGUGACAGACCACCUCUUAAAAUCCCAUGGAACAUCAGAUAAAAGACUGGCAGUUAUUUUCUCUUUGGGCUCUAGCUGUGUGUCACAAUAUAGGAUGAGCUGAGUUUCUAACUUCCUUUCCCUUUCUGUCCAAGUAGCUCUUCCAGGAGAUUUCAGGCUCAUGCCUUUACUUUCCUGGGACAGAAUCCUGAGUCUCCCAUGCUUAGAUCAGGGUACUAGGUUACAACCCCCUGCAGCAUACCAGCCUUCCUUACUCAGCCACAGGGUGUGACCAGCAGUGAAUACAAUAUCACAAAUAGCCUUCUAAAGCAAAGUAUUAUUUAAUCUUAACAGUAGAAACACGACAUAGCAGGGCAGAAGAAUUAAAACAACAAAAGGCCUAUUCACAUCUAUUUUACCAAGAGUCAUUCCAUCUUCUACAUAGGAACACUAGUAGGUCCGUCUUCCUAGACAUCUCCAACCUCUCCCAGAUUGAAGGUAUUUUUUCCCUCUGAGUCAACUGUAUCCGUGAGAGCCUUUGUGUCUUUAAAACCUAGUGAGUCUUUUCUCCCCCUCACCCACUUUCUUCACCGGAUUGAGACAUUGCCAGAGAAGCCUGUUUGGCAAGGCCACAGGGGGGUCUGGCCAGAGUACUACAGCACUGUCCUUCAGAUGUUUGUCCCUCUUUUCUGGGAACAGUCCUUGACAAACCUGAUAGUGAAUUAUCACAAUCUGUGAAUAUAGUGCAAAUUUUUGCUGCAUUCAGACAGAUGCAUAGCGCACGUAGUAGUUGUUAUAGAUUUAUUGCAAACAAAUCCCAAACCAGCAUACUGUACAAGGCGGGUGUGUGGUCCUGCUGAGUCACCUAUAAUAAAACCACUGAGGGAAGCUGUCAAUUCAUAGAUGUGAGCACUGCCUAUGAAACAAGAAAAGAAUAACUCCCAGCCAUCUGAUUUCUAGUUAAUGUCAAAGGGAGUUGAGAGUACUCAUCACCUCAUAGGAUCAGGCCAUUAGAUUGUGUCACCUUGAAGGCAGGCACCUGUUAUCUAUUUGUCACUGAUCCACAGCUUUAUAGUGCUGUGUGUUCUAUAGCACUGUAUACAUUUAUUAACAAUAAAGGCAACAUUAUUUACUGCAUCAGUAUUUCCAAUGGAAAUUGAUGGGCAGAAGAUUAUUCAUUCUGGUUCACAGGCAGGAAUCACACCCAUAAAACAAUAACAUCUCUAAGAGAGCAUUAUUAUAUGUGACUCAGCUGGCCACAUGCACAUUUCUAGAGAUCACUCAAACAGAUAGUAACCAGAGAGGGAAAUUGCUUCAUCUACUGAGGAGGACUCACAGAAUGAUUAACCUUAUCAUUUUGUGGGGAAAAUAAUGGCUUAACAUUGUCACUAAUUACAGUCAAAUUAGAUGUAUGCACCACUGAAAAAUAUGUACCGGAAAUAUUACAAAUAGCUCUUCAUGGAAGAUAUUGUGGUGGAUGGGAAGUAAUUUUCUCUUUUGCUGAUUCCUUGUGGGUUUGAUGCUAAUCUGUUCCUCCCCCCUUCGCUUUCCUAGAAUGGACUGUUAACCCACAAGAGACACUUUUAUACAGUGUCUGUUACUGUCAAAGUCUUGAAUUGACUGGAGACGCGAGAUUAGUCCUAAAUCCAGAUCUGUGGCAUAUUGCACUGCCACCAGACUAUGUAAAUUCUUCCAUACAAACUAUCUCUGUGGAAGGCAGAUGAGGGUGUUCAGUAUGCGGUAGGUUUGGUCACAAGUGACAACUGUGAAAUCAGCCAGAACAAGAGAAGAUCAAACACAGUGAUCGAACGUGAUGUCACUUACACCUGAAAAAUCUAGGUUAACCAGGUUAAAGUUAUAACAGUGGGAAGAGAGAAUCAGGCCCAUGGAGCAGUGGGUAUUGUAGUGAAUAUUGAUUCUUCUUCGAGUGGUUGCUCAUGUCCAUUCGAAUGAGGUGUGUGCGCGCCGCGUGCAGGGUUCCAGGAGCAUUUUUUCCCCAGCGGUAUCCGUUGGGCUGGCAGGUCGCCCCCUGGAGUGGUGCCACUAUAGCGGAGCAUAAGUACCCCACCGGCCCUCCCCUUCCUCAGUUCCUUCUUACCGCCUGUUAUGGUUGUUGGAGCUUGCUGUCUCGUGCAGAUCCCAGCUAGUUUAUUGUUGCCAUUGGCAGUUCUUUGUUCUUAAAUAGUUGUCGUUUAGUUAUUUGUUAAGUAGUUGUUAGGCACUUAGUAGAUAGUUGUCCCACUGUUGGGGGACGGUGAUGCCAGACCCACAGGCUUCAAAACUUGUGCGGCUUGUGCUAAGCCUAUGCCCAGAGGAGACCCCCAUGACCAGUGCCUUAAGUGUCUGGGGGAAUCUCAUCUCACAGAUUCCUGUAAAAUUUGCAGGGGGU